AUGGAAGCCAAUAACCAAUUUAUGCGAAGGACGGAAACAACGCUUCAAGAUCAAAGUGCAGCGAUCAAGAACUUAGAGACACAAGUUGGACAGAUGGCAAUUUCCAUGACGGGUAGAGCACCGGGAAGCCUACCCAGCAAUACUGAAAUUAACACUAAGGAACAUGCAAAGGCUAUAACAACCAGGAGUGGAGUACAACUGGCGGAACCACAUGUAAAAAGUUUGGGAGCCAACAAGGAAUCAACGCCAACCUUGGAGGAAGAAAUUGUGGAGCAAAUUGACAAUGCAACCGGAGAUGAGCACCAGAAUCCAGAGAAAGCUACCUCCAAAACUGAAAGAUCCAGGGAGAAACUCGGCUUGGGAGAAGCAAAAGCCACAACAGUGACAUUGCAGUUAGCAGAUAGAUCCCUUACACAUCUAAGAAGAAUCAUUGAAGACGUGCUGGGGCAGCUGAUAUUGAGGCUUGGUGACGAGCAAAUCUCAUUCAACGUGUUCAAAGCAAUGAAAUUCCCUACUGAGUCAGAUAGUUGUUUCCAGAUCGAUAGUAAACAGCCAUAUAUGCGCAGACGCUGCUAUGAAGAGCUGGGAACUAGGACUGCAAAAUCAGUGCCAUCUAUUGUGAAACCUCCCAAAUUGGAACUCAAACAACUGCCACCACAUCUUCGAUAUGCGUACCUGGGGGAAUCUUCUACACUACUGGUUAUUAUAUCAAGCACUGUCAGUGAGGCUGAGGUAUUAAAGUUGCUCGAUGCAGGCAUUAUUUAUCCAAUAUCAGAUAGUGCAUGGAUCAGUGCGGUGCAAGUUGUCCCCAAGAAAGGAGGAAUCACGGUGAUAGAAAAUGAGAAAAAUGAGUUGAUUCCUACACAGACAGUGACUGGAUGGAGAGUUUGCAUUGACUACCGUAAACUUAACACAGCUACUCGAAAGGAUCACUUUCCAUUACCGUUCAUUGAUCAGAUGUUGGAGAGAUUAGCGGGACAUUCACAUUACUGUUUCCUAAAUGGGUACUCCGGGUAUAAUCAGAUUCCAGUGGCACCAGAUGAUCAGGAGAAGAUCACUUUCACUUGCCCCUAUGGCACCUUUGCAUACAAAAGGAUGCCAUUUGGAUUAUGCAACGCUCCCUCUACCUUUCAGCGCUGCAUGAUGGCUAUUUUCUCAGACAGGAUUGAGAAAUUCAUCGAGGUAUUCAUGGAUGACUUCUCUGUGUUUGGAUCUUCAUUUGAUGAGUGCUUGGAGCAUCUAAGUCUUGUGCUACAAUGGUGUACGAAGACCAACUUGGUGUUGAAUUGGGAGAAAUGUCACUUUAUGGUACAAGAAGGCAUCGUACUAGGGCAUCGAAUCUCGGUGAAGGGCAUUGAAGUGGAUAGAGCAAAGAUUCAAGUAAUCGAGAAACUACCUCCACCUACAUCAGUAAAAGGUGUUCGUAGUUUUCUUGGUCAUGCAGAGUUCUAUAGAAGAUUCAUCAAGGAUUUCUCA